AGACGCCAUAUUGACAGCCAGCAACGAAAAUUAGUCCAAAGGCGGUGGCCAAAAAUGCAAAAGGAGAGAAAUGCCAUCGAAAAGAGAAAAUGCAAAAUUAAAUUAGUGCGCUCAGACAUUCCUUUUGGUUUAUUUUAUUUUUUUUCCUUGUAAAAUUUAUUAGUUAAUUAUAAAAUAUGUGCAAGUGUGAAAAUUAAUGAAUUUGCAACGUGUGUAGUGUAAAGUGUAAGUUGUAAGUGCAAAAAAGCCUUAUUUUGUAAAUGAAAAUAAAUACAAGCCAUAAAACGCAGUUGAAGGGAGGAAGCCAAGCACCAACGGCCACUACCAGCAACGGGUGUGGAGCUUAGCUGUGCAACAAAAGAAAUUUGUUGCUUUUUGGAGAAGAGCGCGGUGCGUGCGCAUCGGUCGGAGCGCAUUGUGCCACUGAGUACGGCGCAAGUACCUACACAUAGUGCGACAAAAUGUUCUCAAAGAAGAAGAAGAAACCUUUGAUUUCUAUGCCCAGUAAUUUUGAGCAUCGCGUGCACACGGGAUUCGACAAACGUGAGGGGCGAUAUGUGGGCUUACCGCUGCAAUGGGCUUCCAUAGUUGGUAACAAUCAAAUACUAAAAUCAACAAAUAGGCCGCUACCUUUAGUCGAUCCCUCGGAAAUAACUCCAACCGAAAUACUUGACUUGAAAACAAUUGUGCGGCCACAUCACAACAACAACAAGGCGGAUACGACCUCAUUGAAUAGCAGCAUUGCUCCGAACGCCAGCGCCACGUUGGGACACCAUCAAACAGCGCAUGCGCAUUACUUUACAGAACACAACAAUGCCUCCAUCAUAGCUAACGCGGCAACAAGUGGCAUUGGCCCCAAUACAGGUGGAAUUGUGUUGCCGAAAACGUCACACGUAGCCCGCUCGAAUUCAUUGCGCAGCUCAAGUCCACCGCGGGUACGUCGCGAUUUGCGUGGUAAUGCCAACGUGCCUCCUUCCGUACCAGAAGAAAGCGCAUCGACGGCAGCGCCCACACCCGUGCCUGGUCAAACACCACCAUUCAGUGGCUAUAAACUUUCAGCUGUAGGUAGCGGCGUCACUAGUGCGACCAGUAUUGGCAGCAAUGUAGCACCGAGUGGUCCAGCAUCUUACACGCAACAGUCAACGCACGGCAUAUAUUCCAGCCAAAAUGCCACGCACCAUAGUGCGCAGAAUGGCGGUGGUCAUGGACCACUUGCUGUGCGUACGGAUUUCACACCCGGUCAGCAACAACAUCCGCCUGUACAGCCACUACCACCACACGGCGGCACUUCAGUGCAUGGUGCUCUGCACUACCGGCCGGCACCACCACCGCACCAUUUAAUUGCCAGUAGUCAGCAGCAACAGUCGUCACCAGUAGGUUCAGUGGCAAGCGGGACGCGUUCCACGCAUUCGCACGCUUCCUCGGCGCACACGCACCCACAUAGCAGUAAUUUAAACAACAAUAACGGUGUAAGCGGCUUUACGCCAUAUCAACCGGGACCUUUGCAACCUGCACAACAUGUAGCAAAGAAUUUGGGCACCGGUGGAGAUCAAAAUCAGAAUCCUCACCAUCCGCAUACACAUUUGCAUGCGAAAUCAGCGUCAAGAGCAUCAAGCUCAAGCGGUGGCGCCAGUGGUGUUGGUGGAAGCGCUGGCGGGGCGGGAGGUGUAGGCGUGCCACCACCCAAGCAGGAGCAACGGCUGACACACGAACAGUUCCGCGCAGCUUUGCAAAUGGUUGUUUCGGCUGGAGAUCCACGUGAAAAUUUAGACAACUUCAUGAAAAUAGGUGAAGGCUCAACCGGCACUGUAUGCAUAGCCACUGACAAGUCAACAGGUCGUCAAGUGGCUGUUAAAAAAAUGGAUUUACGUAAGCAGCAACGACGUGAAUUGCUCUUCAACGAAGUGGUUAUCAUGCGCGACUAUCACCACCCUAACAUUGUGGAAACUUACUCCAGUUUCUUGGUUAACGAUGAACUCUGGGUGGUUAUGGAGUAUCUGGAAGGCGGUGCACUCACCGACAUCGUCACACAUUCACGUAUGGAUGAGGAACAAAUCGCCACAGUGUGCAAGCAAUGUCUCAAAGCAUUGGCCUAUUUGCAUUCGCAGGGCGUCAUUCAUCGCGACAUCAAAUCUGAUUCCAUUCUACUAGCCGCCGAUGGGCGUGUUAAGCUCUCAGAUUUCGGCUUUUGUGCGCAGGUCUCUCAGGAGUUGCCAAAGCGCAAAUCACUUGUUGGCACGCCGUAUUGGAUGUCACCUGAGGUAAUAUCGCGUUUGCCAUACGGUCCCGAAGUAGAUAUCUGGUCACUUGGUAUCAUGGUUAUCGAGAUGGUGGACGGUGAGCCGCCUUUCUUCAACGAACCGCCACUACAAGCGAUGCGUCGCAUACGCGAUAUGCAGCCGCCAAAUUUAAAGAAUGCACAUAAAGUUUCACCAAGGUUGCAAUCGUUCUUGGAUCGUAUGCUGGUGCGUGACCCGGCGCAGCGUGCAACAGCAGCUGAACUAUUAGUACAUCCAUUCUUGCGGCAGGCUGGCCCACCCUCGCUAUUGGUACCUCUGAUGCGGAACACAAGACAGCAUUGAAGAAAAGUACAGAGAAAAAAGAAGGGAAAACCGACAAAUGAAAAUCGAAUAUACGCAAGUAAAAUAUAAUUUAGUUAGCGACGCGCUUCAUAACUUCCUUACAAACACCCAUGCACGGCAUACAUACAUAUACAGAAAAUUCCACUCCAAUUCGAAUACCCAUACAUCUGUGGUCAAUGAAUUAGCACCGAAACUUAAACUGAUAUUGUUUGCGCCUUAUGAAUUUCGAGGCUAAUUCAUUGUAUAUAAAAAGGCGGUAACAUUUCGGCAACUACUUAAUUCUGGAAAUUUUCAAGUAUUACUUUCGUAGCAUUUUGCAUUUAUUUAAAUACCUUAUUAUUAUAGUUGAAAACGUAUACCUCCCGUUUUUAUUUUCGUUUUUGAAUUAUUUUUAAGUUGAUUCCGUGUGGAGUUUUGGGCAUGUGUUUUUUGUUCAAUAAUGAAAAUUUACGUAAGAGUCUUUAAAAAGUCGGAUAAUAAUGGAUUUAUUCAGAAAGAUAAGUAUGCAUACCAUAUGUGUUUACAAUUUUGUUGUAAACGGCAAAUUAGUUUAUCUUCAAAACGAAAUGCCCAAAAGGCAGCUACUACAGGUUUUCAAUUCAACUAUUUCAAAAUAAAAAAUAUAGAAACUACAAACACAGCUAUGUAUGCAUGAAGCAAGCUUUAAAUCGGAAAACAAAAAUUAAAUUAGAUAUUAAUUUGUAGAACUUAGCACGCGGAAAAAUAAAGUUCAAAAUUGAAUUGCCUUAAGCGGACAAUUAUUAAAAAUUGCUUUUUUACCGAAAAAAUGUUAGGAAUUUCAAUUAAAAAAAGGUGAACAAGUGAAAACAUAACCUCACUGUUUAACUUAAAUCAUACGCUUUCGGUUUUCGUACUUAAUCACAAGUAGUUUUUUUUUGUUACUAAAAUAAUGCCUUAAACAAAAAAGUCAUUUAGUAAAUUAAACAAGGAAAAGUAUUAAAAAAAUGCAAAAUAUCAAAGUAUGGUUAAAUAAAAAGCAUGCGUCGUCCGCGCCCCUUACUCAAACAUUCCUGACAAUUGUGCUCAAUUUUGACAAAAAAAAACAAAAAAAAAAACAUUCCCUUUAGUAGGAAAAAAGAUUAUACAAAAGUACAUUAAAAAUUAGUUUUGCUUGUUAUAAAAAAGUAUUGUAUUCAGGCAGGUUCUGCAGUUUACUUCCGAGUGAAUUUGAACCCCAUUUAUUUUGAAUUCAAAGUGGCUUUGGUUGGAAUUCAACUCGGAAGUGAAUUCAGAUCCUGCCCGAUUGUAAUUAGAUCCUAAGAAAUUAUUAUACAUACAUCUGUGGUCACAAACAAUAACCGCCAAAGUCGACUUAGGAAAGAAUUGAGUUAUAUAUGCUAUCGUAUUCUGCAACUACUAUUCCAUGCUUAUGUGAAAUCCCCACAUCUCGCCAGCUGGGCUAUUUAAAAAGUUAUAGACGAACAUAUUUUCGGUUUCCCCAUAAAGUUAACAUUACAUACAAUCCAAAUGUUUAAAACGUUUUUUUCUCGAAUUCUGGUUUUUCGACUUAGGCGGUUAUUGCUUAUGACCACAGACACACAAACGUUUAAUAUUGGACUUUAAUUCGUGCAUUCUUAAAGAAAACGCGCAUGCGGCAGCACCCUUCCUUUCCACAUAUCCGUCUUUUAUUGCGUACGCGUAUUUUUAAGUGUUAAGUGGCAUUUGUAUAUCAUUGAUUGUUUUUUUUUUUUAAUUAUAAAAUAUACUUCUUAUAUAACAUACAU